AUGAAGGAGCAACAGAAGCACUCGUGCAGCUGUACCGUGUGUGGCAGGAAGCGCACAGCGAUAGAGGAGGAGCUGGAGGUGCUGUACGAUGCCUACUAUGAAGAACUCGAGCAUGCCCCGCAUCCGCGCCCCAUGCUGAAUACCCACCCCCCUGGCCACUACGACGACGACGACGAAGACGAAUACUCUGGCGAUGAAGAGGAGGAAGACUACUCAAACAGCGAGAUAUCGUCAGAAGGCGACUAUAGCUCCGAAGAACGUAGCUUGCCACCGCCCGAAGGCUCAGAUUUUCUUCAGUUCGGCAGCAGUCUACAAGUAAAAGGUGGUAUACUCACAGUUGCUGACGAUUUGCUAAAAAACGACGGAAAGAAAUUCAUAGAAAUGAUGGAGCAGCUUGCCGAGCGUAGAAUGCAACGGGAAGAGGAAGCUCAGUUUCAGGCUCACCCGAGCAUGUAUCGAUCUCACGCCACACACAGUCACGAGGCUCCACCAGAGGAAGACGACUUCGACGACGAAGGAGACGAAGAGGAGGGCUACGAGGACGAUGACUAUGAAGAGGAUGAGGAAGACGAAGAAGAUGCCAUGACCGAGGAGCAGCGUAUGGAGGAAGGCAGGCGGAUGUUUCAGAUAUUUGCGGCACGAAUGUUUGAGCAACGAGUACUCCAAGCAUAUCGAGAAAAGGUAGCCGCAGAACGCCAGAAGCGGCUACUUGAAGAACUAGAGGAGGAAGAUGUGCGGAAAGACCAGAAAGAGGCCAAGAAAGCCAAGGAAGCCCAGAAGCGGAAGGAGAAGAAGGAAAAGCAGAAACAGCUGAAGGCGGAAGAGAAAGCACGCAAAGAUGCUGAAAUUGCUGCCAAGGAGGCCGAGGCAAAGGCUGCGGAAGAGCAACGGCUCGAAGAACAGCGCAGAAAGCGUGAGGAGCAGCGGAAGAAGAAAGAGGCAGAACGCAAGGCUCAAGAGGAAGAGAGACAGCGCAAGGAAGCUGAACGCCUGAAGCGACAGCAAGACGAGCGCGAUCGCCAACUGGAAGCCGAGAGGAAAGCACGCGAACAGAAGGCCCAAGAGAAGAAGGCCAAGGAUGAGGCUAAACGGCAAGAACGCGACGAGCGAGAAGGCAGGGAGAAGGAGGCUCGCGAGAAAAAAGCUCAGGAGGACAAGGACCGCAGGGAGCGCGAUUCAAAAGCCAAAGCAGACAAGGAUCGCAUGCGGAAAGAGGAGCAAGCUGCUGCAGCAGCAGCUCACAAUGCUGUUGCCGGCGCGAGGAAGGUAUCUCACCCCCCUGGUGUAGCAUUACCGCCUCAGUUGCUCAAGCAAGCGUCGUCGACGGGAAUGCCCUCGCCUCACGUAACACCAGCUGUUCCCAAGGCACCGACACCGAAUCGACAGCGGCAGACUUCACAGCAAGGAGGUUCCCAUGGCUCUUCUCCUAAGACUCCACUGGUAGCACCUGGAACAAGCAAGUCGAUAUCUCCCACACCACAGCUACAAAACGCAAUAGCGCCAAGGUCUAUCCUAACAAAGCCAUCAAGCUCGCAACUAUCAAUGCCCGCUCACCAUGGUUUACCAAACUCACCGAUGCCGCCCCUGGGAGCGCCUCCGGGCAUGCCGGGGCCUCCGGGAUUGGGUAUGGGCCCUCCUGGACUCAACGGCUACCCUAGUCAAGGUCCGAUAAUGCCUAGUAUGAUGGGCCCUCGUCCUGGUGUUCCAUUCUUCCCUCCUCAGCCGCCUGGCGCGCAAAACUUCCGAGGUUUCCCCCCGCCGGGCAUGCCAACGCCACAAAUGGGUCGUGGAUUUCCCAUGGAAGGUCCCCCAGGCUUUUCUGCUCCUCCAGGUUUCGCAGGGCCGAAUCAUGCCUUUGGCAUGGGAGUACCAAGUCACUCACGGCAAGGAUCGGGGUCAUUUGAGAGUCCAAUUGCCGCUCCCCAAGCGCAGCCGAUCCAACGACCAGCGCCCAUCCAGCGACCUUCUAGUGUGAAGCCGCAUGAUGAGAAUACGGGAUCUGAUGUGGAUGACCUUGCAAAACACCUUGGUAGCAAGGCUCUUUUGGACGACGAGGAUGAUCUCCCCGACCUUCCAGAGCGACGAACGAGCGUACAGCAGCCCGGUUCAAUGAGAGGUGCACCACCACUUGGGUUCGGAUUUGCAGAUGCACCUGGCUCGCGUAUUUCGGAGCCGUAUGGCGCUUUUGGGGGACCGAAUACUGGAAGCAUUUGGGGAACACCACCCUUACAGUUUCCCACAUCUGGCGCCCCGUGGGGCAAUUCGCCCACCUCUGGUUUCUUCAGCACUCCGUUCCCUCGAACCAUUGAACGUGUGCCGAAUGAGCAACGCAUAGUGUACCUCCGUCGUCUGGCGUGCGCUGCGUGCAAGACCAUUGCGACCCGUCACACGACAGCGGAUGGCUACAUUGACGCAAACGAAGUGCACCACCAAGUCGAGGCGUUGCGGAACCCAAUAGAGCCAGCAGUGUCAUUGGAAGAGCUUAGGGACGCUUGUGGCAUUAUUGACGGCAACCACAGCAACGGUGGUGGUACCAUGGGAAUCAAAGAGGUUGGCGGGCGUCUCUCGCAGGUCAAGUUUGUUGACACAGCAGCACCUCCUCCGGCGCAUGGCGAGAUUGGUAGUCCCGUUCCCAACCACAGCGUGCUGGCUGGCGGAUUCGGAAGGUUUCCUGGUCUUGGUCCUUCAAACUUCUGAGCAUUGAUUGGUAUCCUUGUUUCAAAUAUUCCCUUGUCCAUUGGCAGCAGUCCUAUCAGUAUUCGGUAACUGUGCACGGCUGGACUUUCUUCGACUCUUCAGAUAGUCUGUAGCGAUGCUUCUCCAGGCUGGAGGCAAUCGAGUUCACUUCUCUCGUGUCCAAACCUGUGCUCCACAUGGCAGUUGUUGCGUGAAGAAACUAAUAAACUAACUUUGGAGCAAAGUUGCUCUCUCUCAGCCGCACCUAGCCGACCAUAUGCAGGAUGAAGUCUCAGCUCCAUUACGUUGCAAACCCGUGGCUACUGGGAGAGGCGGUCAGCCCCGCCAGGCACAGUCUCACAACCCCCGCAAUGGCGACUUUGGCCAGUC